AGAUUUACCGAGAGGAAGAGACCAGUUGAUGUAUUUGGUGUGGGAAGAUCUGACUGUUGUGCUUCCAAACUUUGGAAAUGGACACUCAAAGCGGCUGCUUGAUGGGCUGAGUGGGUUUGCUGAACCCGGCAGGAUCGUGGCCAUAAUGGGUCCUUCCGGGUCUGGCAAAUCAACUCUUCUUGAUUCUUUAGCAGGUAGACUAUCAGGAAAUGUUGUCAUGACAGGAAAUGUUCUUCUCAAUGGGAAGAAAAGGAGACUAGACUAUGGUCUUGCUGCUUAUGUGACACAAGAGGAUUUGCUUUUGGGAACUCUAUCAGUAAGAGAAACCAUAACUUACUCAGCUCUUUUGAGGCUUCCAAACACUCUAUCGAAAGAAGAGAUAGAUGGGAUUGUAGAGGCAACAAUUAUGGAAAUGGGUCUUCAAGAUUGUGCAGAUGGGCUUGUUGGAAACUGGCACUUAAGAGGUCUAAGUGGUGGUGAGAAGAAGAGACUAAGCAUUGCACUUGAAAUCCUCACAAAGCCUCGUCUCUUGUUCCUUGACGAACCCACCAGUGGCCUUGACAGUGCCUCGGCUUUCUUUGUCAUUCAGACUCUCAGGAACAUCGCUCUUGAUGGCAGAACCAUUAUAUCUUCCAUUCAUCAACCGAGCAGCGAAGUCUUUGCGCUUUUUGAUGACCUUUUUUUGCUUUCUGGUGGCCAAACUGCUUAUUUUGGACUUGCAAAGAUGGCUGUUGAGUUCUUUGCCAAAGCUGGAUUUCCAUGUCCAAGUAGGAGAAAUCCUUCUGAUCACUUUCUUCGUUGUAUUAACUCGGGAUUCGACAAGGUGACAUCCACAUUAAUGGAUUCUCACAGAAUAGACGACUUUGAAGUAUCCUCAGAUCCCCUAAUGAACAUACCGAUAGCGAAGAUAAAAGCAAUGCUAGUUGAGAAGUACAGAUGCUCUGAAUAUGCAAAAAGGGCUAGAGCUAGGAUUCGAGAAAUCUCAUCCAUUGAAGGACUAACAUCGGAAAGAAGUGGGAGCCAGGCGAAAUGGUGGAAGCAGCUCUCAGUGUUGACUUGUAGAUCUUUCAAGAACAUGGCCAGAGAUGUGGGAUAUUACUGGGUAAGAAUUGGGAUCUACAUUGCCUUAUCUCUCUGUGUCGGCUCCAUAUUCUUCAACGUAGGCACGAAUUUCACAGCAAUCUUGGCACGAGGAGCCUGCGGUGGCUUCAUAGCUGGUUUCAUGACAUUCAUGUCCAUUGGAGGCUUCCCAUCCUUCCUUGAAGAAAUGAAGGUUUUUUACAAGGAAAGACUGAAUGGGCAUUAUGGGGUCGGCGUUUAUGUUGCAUCAAACUUCCUCUCGUCCUUCCCUUUCCUGGCUCUCAUGUCGCUUGCCACGGCCACCAUAGUCUACUACAUGGUGAAAUUUAGGCCCGAAUUUCAUAAUUACCUCUACUUCGGCCUAGAUCUCCUCAGCUGCAUUGCGACCGUGGAGAGUGCCAUGAUGAUUGUAGCUUCUCUUGUUCCCAACUUCUUGAUGGGAGUCACAGUUGGAGCUGGCUAUCUGGCGAUUAUGAUGAUGACUGCUGGAUUCUUUCGCUCUAUUCCUGAUCUUCCUAAGCCACUCUGGCGUUAUCCCAUUUCAUAUAUAAAUUAUGGUGCUUGGGGAUUACAGGGAGCAUACAAGAAUGACAUGAUCGGCCUUGAAUUCGACUCCUUCUUAGCCAACGGCACAAAGCUGAAAGGCGAGUUCAUCCUCACAUCCAUGCUCGGCAUUAGGCUGGAUCAUUCAAAGUGGUGGGACUUAGCAGCUAUUGUGUGCCUUCUUGUGUCCUUUAGACUCAUCUUCUUCGCCAUCCUCAAGUUUAGGGAGCAAGCUUCACCUUACGUUCGGACAUUUUACACAAAGAGAACUCUCAAACAUCUCAAGAAACGUCCUUCAUUCAGGAAAGCACCAUCCUUCCCUUCCAAAGGGCAACAGCCUCUCCAUCCAUUGUCUGCUCAAGAGGGUCUCAAUUCUCCGCUACAUUAUUAGCACCAUUUUUUUUUCCCUCAGCAGGUUUCAUCACCAAUUCAUUUUUGAUUGUGUGUCAUUUACAGCACUUGAUAUGGUUAACUUAAAAUUGCUAUUUGUGAGUUUGACCAAGAAGGAGGUUGGUCAAACGAGGGCUUGAGAUAACAGAGUCCUCCAUUAAAAGAUUAAAAGUAAACACAACAAGAAUACUGAGGUCUUAAGUUCAACAAAGACAAAUGUGUGGCUUUCUGAGGCAGUUUAAUAGUUCGUUACAUGACCAAUGUAUGAACAACAUGAUUUAAAUUAUUAUGUGCAGUUGAAUAUUUAAUGAUGUGCCAAUUAAAGAGUUAGAAGAUUGUAAAGUGUUUAGGAUAUCCAAAAUGAAGGGCUUAAAAUGCAACUGGCUAUAAUCCUGGUUCUCUCUUUUUUUUUUUUUUUUUUCCUUUUUAAUUUGUGGUUGAAUUCAAAUUCACCUUAAUGAACUUGGUUUUCACAUGAAUCCUAUUCCUAAUUUAUUGACGGUUUAGA